UUCUUCUUCUUCAUAAAACCUAGGGUUUCGUAAAAUCUCUCACCACAAACCAAAGAACCAGAGAUCUUCUGUAAUACUGCCAGUAAAACUAUGGAAGAUGAAAACCCAAAUGUCAAUACUCGUCGUAGAUCAGGUAGAACUCGAAAAGUUGCCACUAAAAUGGUCGCUGCACUUGCCAGUACUGAUAAUCGAAAUCAAGCUGCAUUAGCUCGUCUUGAAGCCUUAGAGAAUGAUAAUGCUGGUAUGGAAACAGUUGAAUCCAACGAUGAUGACGAAGCUUCACUCGAUGAUGAUGACGAUCAUGGUAAAAUUUCGGUUAAGCAGGCAAAGGGGACAAAGCGUAAGACUAGGCAGGCAAAGGCACUGGAAAAUGCAAAGAAAGCGCCACGAACAUUCGCAGAGCUCUUACAUGAGGCGAACCUAGAGGCAAUGCCUUCGCAUGUUCCUAACUAUUUGAAGGCUGCAGUUGGACCUCCUAGUUCUACCUGUCGACGCUAUUUUUGUACUGUUUGUGGGUUUACAGCUAAUUAUACAUGUGUGAGAUGUGGUGUUCGCUUCUGUUCCUGUCGUUGCCAGGUUAUACACAAUGACACUCGUUGUUUGAAGUUCGUUGCCUGAUAGUUCCUGCUCCACAUCCUCGCUAGCUGAAGUCCACAGAUCAAGUCAAAUGAACUCGUGUCUACCAAAAUGCUUUGAACAAUUGCAGAUACAGAAGGGUUGAACUCACACUUAGGAGAUAUCAUAUGGCAAAAGAUCAAACCAACCAGAUGAUGCUUGUGAAUGCGGCAAACAAUUAGCAGGAGGAGGCUCUACGGACUGCAAUUUUCCAACUCCAUUCUCGACAAGGAACGCCAUCGCCAAACCCCAACUAAUAUGAGUAUCCAAGUGACAAUGCAUCAGCCAAACACCUGAUUUUGCAUAAGAACAAU